UGGACUCUCAGCUGGAGUCCGGUAGGGCGCAUGCGUAGUCGGAGAUGAAGCUUCUCCGCUUUCUUUUCGGCAGCUGGCGUGAGGUUCUGGAAUUCCAACAUGGCAGUAGAUGUGGUCAGUAUUUCUAUGGUGGUCAGUCUCUCCAGCCCUGACUUGGAAGCAUUCCAGAACAUCACCGACUCGGAGUAACCCUCAUCCCCUGCUCUCAGCAGCACGGCUGGACGCUGUCGCCGUUCUCCGGCGCCGAACAGUUUGGGGUUCCUUUCCGCUCAAAACACUAUUUAUUUGCAUGUGGUGCGUGUCCUUCAACUUGGAAAGUCUUUCUCUACGCUUUGUGGAAAUCAUUGAAGUGAGCCUUUCACUCCUUUUUGUCACUCUCAAUCACCUUGCUGAUGUCAAGCAAUAUGAUCAGCGGCUUAUAUGGCGUGACCAUGCAGUGGAGCCCUGAGCAGUCCCAGUGGGCGGAGCAACACUAUGACAUCACCUCCACCACUCGUUCACCAGGGCAUAAGAUCGAAGCACUUAGGGAUCCAAGGCUAACAGGUUCGACCUCGGCUGCAGCGUAUCAACAUUCGUGGGCAAACGAUGACAUUUCAGCUCUGACCGCUUCUAACCUGCUCAAGAGGUAUGCAGAGAGAUAUUCUGCCAUUCUGGAUCUACCCUGCGAGAGUGGACUUAUGGGAUAUCCAGACACAGCCAUCUCCGUUAGCGUAAGGGGACCUGGUGUUGUGAAUAACGGGCCGCCCCUUCUUAAUGGACGGAAGGUGGAGGCAGAGCCUUGGCUGGAGAGUGUCUACCCUCCAUUAGGUUGCGUUCCCGAGCUUCUUCCCAAAGCACCACUCAGUGUGACGGAUGUGUCUGUCAGUGCGUGUAACUCACCGGUUAUAGGCAGCGGGAGUCUUCCGGAGCCUUGUUUCUCCAGCAGCGGUUGUAACGGUCAGACUGGGAAUCAGGAGUACAGCAGCACUCCCUACAGCACUCCCUUCCUGCAACCUGUAGGCACUUACGGUGGCUCUCUUUUCCACCCUACCCCUUCCCAUGCCAGUCUGGUAUCAACCUACAAUGCUAACACCUCACCAAACCUAGCUGCAUACAGUUACCCUAACACCCGUUACCCCUCACAGGCCGUUCUUCCUGCUGGCUACAGUCCUCCCCCUCCUCCCUCGGCAUACCUACCUGCAGGUAUAACUCCUCCUAACCCUCUUCCAGCUGUAGGAUACUCAUACCCAGCCACCAGUGUCUCUGAAAGUGAUGCCCCAAGUGCUAGCAGCCUUUCAAAGUCAUAUUACCCAUCAACUCAGAGUGAGAUUGGAGUGUUUGAGGAGUAUGAUUUUGGCGGCAACUCUAAUUCAGACUCUAGGUCUGAAGGCAGCCCCCUAUACAGACCUUCAGGAGACGAAACGGUGGACAAGCAAAAUGGGUUCAACCGAACGGCUGAUGUAACGUCUUCAUCCUUCAAGCCAGCUAAUCAUGGAGACUCUUUAAGAAGCUUGGAGACUCUCACAGUAGCCAUGAGUGGACGGAACAAUGGUACAUCCGGACAACACUUCCCAUCUACCUCAACUUCUGUUGUCACUUCUCAUCAACAUCUCUGCCUUGACACAAACACACCUUGAGCGGUUGUGCUCAAACUCAACCAGAAGUGCUUGAGCUGAUGAAGUGUGAGUGCUCCCCCUAGUGGAUCGGAGGUAGAGGGACUUGCUCAAAGCCAUAGAGUUGGGGUUCAAUGGAAGGGCCUCAAAAUACAGGUGCAGCAGGGGAAUUCUGCCCAGGAGGUCUCUAUACUGGACAGGAGGAGAUUAGUUUCUCCAUUCUGGAAAGAGGACAAUGAUGUUUAUGCCCCUCCUAGCUGAGCUUAACAGGUCAUUGUGAGACACUGACCUCCUCACUCUGAUAGGAACGGACAGACCAGUAUAUCCUCCAUGACGGACACAUAUAUUUGAGAGGGAGUUCGCUCCUUCAUUCCGAGAGAUAGGAGAGUACAUCAAGGGAAUUUAUAUGUCUAAUGGAUGUGUUGUGGCUGCAUUGGGGACAAGGAGUCACAGUAACAGAUGUGGUGGUUGGACACUAUCUUUGGUUGACCAUAUUGCCAUGGUGUACAUUCUGAGUGUGUGUUUGUGGCCUUGUAAUGGUUAUUUAUGUGGUGAGCUUUAAUUGUAAAUCCUGUUCUCCCUUUUUCCACAGGAGAAUUGACGAAUCCUGAUUGUUUAAAGAAUCCAUGUGUGUGAGUGUGAGUGUGAGAGAGAUAGAUAAAACCUCAGGAAAGUGUCUGUCAGAUAAAUGGCGUAUGCCUGCGUGUCUAACAGAGAAGAAGAGGGCGUUUUCACAUACUGUCCUUAGGAAAAACCCAACUCAAUUGACUUGAACCAGGUGGUCCAAAGCAAAUGUUUUUUGUCUGUUGAUAAGUUUGUAUGCACUUUUGCUGCAUUUUAAGAGAGGAUACAAGAUCAUUCUAUGAAAUAUUAUGCAAAAAGUUUUUGCAAUUCUUUAGGUUCUUAAAGUUGCUGUGUCUAGUUUUUUUUCCUGUGAGAUAUUACAUUCAACUUUCAUAGGUUAAUAUGCAGAGAUAACAGUCAGUUAUUUGUAUGUUUACUUCCCAGAAAUGUAAACACUGUGGUUCCGUGGCGUGUCCCAACUGAUCAACACUGGCUUAACGAUUGGUGUGAAUUUGACGGCGGGACUUUCAUUUGUCAAGUGGAGGGGAAUGUUUGAAUUAAAAAUCCUUAUUUUUAUAAUUCCAAACAAAAUUACAAACUGCAGCUUUAAAAUUUGCUGUUUGAUUCAAAAUGUGUAGUAGAUAACAGUAAUUAUCAGUCAUAGUGCUGUUCUGUCUUUUCCGCCAAUUUCUGCUGUUGUCUCAAAAAUGUUGUAGACUAUCUUGAAAAAUAAACAUAUUGAGUGAAACAUUACUGCAGACAUAAAAAAAAAAAUGGAAUUCAGACUAUUCCGGCCACUUCCUGAGACGGUCUUGGCCUGCUUGGCCACUAAAAAUAAAACAUUGCCUUAAGGGCCAAGUGUGAAAAUGCUCAGCGAGAAGGAGAGCACAUGACUUUGCAUGUUUGUCUUCACUUAAGGUUUUGUGCAUUUUUAAAAAUAGUGUUGAGUUUACUUUAUCCCAAGCACUGGAAAUAGGUUUGGCUGACCUCACUACAAAUCUUUCUGUUUACUUCCUUUCCCUUCUUUGUGAACCCCGCCAAAGGGAAUUAAGAUAUUAUACUUAUUUAUGAAAGUCAAUCACCAAAGCAGCAGUGUGGGAGCCAAAUCACAAGGAAAUGUUCCGCCAAAAUCACUCCCUCUGUGUGAAUCCUUUUUUGUCGGUUUUAUUUCUGUCCAGUUUCAAUGCAGGAGAGUGAAUUGGCUUCAUUCCAAGAGACAAAUGGAAGGAAUUCCUUGAAAAGACUGCUUAAAGAUCCAUCAGGUCAAAAUUGAAUUGUGAAUUGAACCAAAUCGGCUCAACUGAACUGAACAAACCUCAAUCAUGAUGAAGAAUCACGCUCUGCAAUGGAGCGCAUCACUGCAUUGUUUCUGUGGUAUUCACAUGCUCAGUCUCUUCAUAACCUUCCUGUUGACCACAAACUUUAAAACUAAAAUGUGAGAGUUAUUUAAUUUAUUGUAUAGUCUUCGAAUGAUGAGGACAUACACCAGUACACUUUUCCUUACACAACUACACACAUUUAUCAUUGUCUAGAUAAAAGCACAGGUAUUAUUUAACUGUUUAUUUUUCAGCUGUUUGCCAAAAGUGCCAUUUAUAUUUCUUUAUUUUUAAAGACAAAUGUUUUCUUCCACAUCACGUUUUUAUAUUGUGGUCAUUUGAAGUUCUUUCCUGUUUUAUUCUGUCUGCAGCUUUUCUGUUUUUGUCUUGAUCAUUUUGAAAAUUAGGAGAAUUAUUAAAUUAUAUCACAUCAGUUCCUGAUCUGUCGUCUUAUUAAAAGGGUUGUUUGGUAUUAAAACUUUAGAAGUAAGGCACUAAGAGGCUUGAUUGCCUUUUUGUUCACAUAUUUCAGUAGAUAGUUCUAAAUUCAAUAGUCUGUAGCAUUCUAUGCAAAACCCUGUUCCUAAACCUAGUGAGCACACGCUUGACAUGACGGCUGUUCCAAACAGUAGUCAGCAACUUUUUUUCUUCACUUAAUAUUUUGCGCUAUGUAUUGUUUGUGGUUGUGGAAGUUGUUAGUAGCAACAUGCUAACAUCACUAACUGUGUUAGUUGAGUCUCUUUACAUACCGAGUCUGAGCAUAUCUUAUGGGUCAUUUGAGGUUUCAUAAUUAUUAGGAUGUUGCCUAGAUCACUAGGUUUUGGAACAGAGAUAUUGUCCAUUUUUGGCAACUUUCCAAAAAAAAAAAAAUUCAACUUAGAAAAAUGUUGUAAGAAUCCUUCUAAGAUGUACCCAAACCCCUCUUAUUCUGUACAUUUGAUUUUGUUUUGUUUUUGAACUAGGGAAAGAGUAUGGAAUGGGUGCCAUGGAAUGAGAGAUAUUGAAAACUGUACAUCAUAAGCAUAUCAUAAAGUUUAUUAACACUUUUACAGCCAUAAACAAAAAACUUUGGCCAGAAACCUCUGAAAUCCUGUAGUGUUUGCAGUAAUGGUGCACUAAACUCUCUAAAGGUGUUUUGUUGUAUACACCAAGAUUUGGACAGCUGUGUUUGGUAUUUCUGAGUGCUGGAAUUGGUGUUAAAGGUGCAUUACAACCACAUGAUGUUUCACUGUGUUAAUACCACAUUUAGUGGUUAGUGACUCCUUUCUGCAUUUCAAAAUAUAGCAUUUUACUGCGUAUGUUCUCAAUAUAUAAAAUACAGUUACAUUUAGAACUGAGUUGUGAGUUAUUGCAGUCAAAAAGAGAGAGCGUGUGUUGCCGUAUUCUCAAUCGACUCUAUUGUGUUUGUUUUCAUCACUUUUGGAGUAUUGUAAACAAUUUGCUAAUUAAAUAUGUUUAUCUUA